CUUUCACAAGUUGGCAGGUGUGUUAUUCUGCCUUCCUCCUUUGUCUCCAGUGGUCACUUUAUGUACCAGCUAUACCAGGACUCCAUGGCAAUUGUUUGCUGGGCUGGAUACCCUGACAUCUUCUUGAUGCUCACUGCAAAUCCAAAAUGGUGCGAAAUUGUCAAGAACCUCCUUCCUGGCCAGACAGCUCAAGACCAACCUGACUUAGUGGCCCAAGUCUUCCAUCUGAAGCCAAAUGAGGUGCUGGAAUUGAUCUACAAAGGCAAUAUCUUUGGAAAAGCAGUUGUACAAGUGUACACAAUUGAGUACCAGAAACACAGCCUACUGCACAUGCAUCUGUUGGUUUUCCUUGAU